GUUGUCUCCGCUCAGAGGAGCAAGGGAGCCGGGGACCCGCUAGUUUCCACCGCCGCCGCCGCUUCCGCUGCUUCGUCUUCUUCUUCUCACGCUUUUCUCCCCCCGGAGAGAUGAGGCGGAAAGAGAAGAGGCUUCUGCAGUUCGCCGGGCUGCUCAUAGCGGCUCUUCUUUUCCUCCCUAACGUCGGGCUGUGGUCUUUGUACCGGGACCGAGUGUUCGACAACUCGCCCAGUAGCGUGGACGCUGCGGCCGGGAUCCUCUCCGUGCAGGGGUUGAACCAGGUGAGGAGAGCGGCUCAGCUGGGUCCGGACGGAGUGCGGCGGACUGACUGGCACGACUACGAGUCGAUGAGGAGAGACGCUGCUCGAUCAGGUAACGGUGAGCAGGGGAAGCCGUUCCCUCUGACAGAAACAGACCGGGUGGACCAGGCUUACAGGGAGAACGGCUUCAACAUUUACAUCAGCGACCGGAUCUCCCUCAACCGCUCCCUCCCUGACAUCCGCCAUGCGAACUGCAAACAGAAGCUGUACGGCGAGAAGCUGCCCAACACCAGCGUCAUCAUCCCGUUCCACAACGAGGGCUGGUCGUCGCUGCUGAGGACGGUCCACAGCGUGCUCAACCGCUCGCCGCCACAGCUCAUCGCAGAGAUCAUCCUGGUGGACGACUUCAGCGACAAAGAGCACCUUAAGGGGGCGCUGGAGGAGUACAUGACUCGGAUGCCGAAGGUUCGCAUCCUGAGGACUAAGAAGAGGGAGGGGCUUAUCAGGACUCGCCUGCUGGGAGCCGGAGCUGCCAAAGGAGAAGUCAUCACCUUCCUGGACUCUCACUGCGAGGCCAACGUCAACUGGCUGCCUCCACUGCUCGACCGAAUCGCCCAGAACAGGAAGACCAUCGUGUGCCCGAUGAUCGAUGUGAUCGACCACGAUAACUUUGGCUAUGACACGCAGGCAGGGGACGCCAUGAGAGGAGCGUUCGACUGGGAGAUGUACUACAAGCGUAUUCCCAUCCCUCCGGAGCUGCAGAGGGACGACGCCAGUGAACCUUUUGAGUCACCGGUGAUGGCAGGCGGACUGUUUGCCGUGGACAGGAAGUGGUUCUGGGAGCUGGGAGGAUAUGACACAGGUCUGGAGAUCUGGGGAGGAGAGCAGUACGAGAUCUCCUUCAAGGUAUGGAUGUGCGGUGGUCGGAUGGAGGACAUCCCGUGCUCCAGGGUAGGACACAUCUACAGGAAGUACGUCCCCUACAAAGUCCCCGGUGGGAUCAGCCUGGCAAAGAACCUGAAGCGUGUGGCCGAGGUCUGGAUGGACGAGUACGCCGAGUUCGUCUACCAGCGCCGGCCCGAGUACCGCCACCUCUCUGCAGGAGACAUGACGGCGCAGAAGGAGCUGAGGAACCGCCUCAACUGCAAGAACUUUAAGUGGUUCAUGAGCGAGGUGGCCUGGGAUCUGCCCAAACACUACCCCCCUGUGGAACCUCCUGCUGCAGCCUGGGGAUGGAUACGGAACAUGGGCAGCGGGAUGUGUAUGGAGAUCAAACACUUUGUGUCAGGGAGUCCGAUCCGCCUGGAGAGCUGUGUGAAAUCGCGGGGCGAGGUGGGCUGGAGUCACGGCCAGGUGUUAACAUUUGGUUGGAGGGAGGACAUCCGGGUGGGCGACCCCAUGCACACAAGAAAGGUGUGCUUUGACGCCGUCUCCCACAGCAGCCCCGUCACCCUGUACGACUGUCACGGCAUGAAGGGGAACCAGCUGUGGCGCUACAGAAAGGAUAAAAGUCUGUAUCACCCCGUCAGUAACAGCUGCAUCGACUGCAGCCCGAGCGAGCGGCGAGUCUUCAUGAACGCGUGCGACCCGUCCUCCCUGAGCCAGCAGUGGCUGUUUGAGAGAACCAACGCAACCGUGCUGGACCACUUCAACCGGGGCGCCAACUGAGGCCGCUCAAGUGAUCACAAUCCAAACUAGAGGUGAACACUGUGCUGCUUCAGCAACGUUCCUCAUGGCUCUGCGGGGGAUCUGGUGCACGGGCUGAGAGCUGAAGAGACCGCACGUUAUCAACAUCCAGAUUACAAUCGUACAGCACGAGUCUGUGAUGAGGAAGGAGGAUGGGAGAGCCGUGGUGAAACCUGAUCGUCCUGCACAAACGGAGCACUGACACCCUGAUCUUUGGACAUCACGUGUUUCUAAGUGUUGGGACUUUGUGAGGACGCUCCCGUCUUUCUCGUGUGACUCCCUAAAACACAGACUCUGUAGGACUCAACAGAUUGUCUUUUACAACGCCUCUUUCAUCACAUCUUUUUCAACUGUUGCCUUAGCAUUUCCAACAAUAGGAAAUACCAGCCCCCCCACCCCCUUGUGCAGAGGUACCUUGGUAGCAUAUUGUGUGGACUGAUUCUGCAGCUUUAACUCUGUGAGAGCUGGAGGAAACAUUCGAAAAACUGUAAAGAAGUGUUCCUGCAGAGUGCAACAAAGUCUCUGUCUCUGUCAGAUCAACAACUUGUACAAACUCGUAUCCAAAGUUGCAAAUGUUUAUUUUUCUACUGAGCA